AUGCAACAAUCGUCGUUGGCUGCUACAGUUGGCUCAUCCGGCAUUGUCAACAUCACAACGACGGAGACACCAGAGUUCGGCAUCACCUUCAGUCUUUCGAUACCGCCCACGGGUACCACUCUAGGCACCGGGCCUGCUUCUAAUGCUACACAGGUCGAAGCUUUACAGACUUCUUCCGUUCCACUUGUAAUCAAUUCAACAACUGCAGGUCUGUUAACCUCCAAUACUUCAGAUAGUGCAUCUGACUCUCCAUCGGAGACCCAGAGUGCGAAGUCAAUAUCAAGUUCUGAUGGGACACCAGCCACAGACGGAUCUAGUACUGAAGACGCGAAGACAACUGCGAGCCCACACGUUCCUACAAGCAGUCCAAGCCAAACAGCUGCUGCUGUUAGUCCGCCUCCGCUCACGACCUCGCAGACCGCUGGUGUUGCGGUCGGCGCCACAACUGGUCUGCUCAUUGCAGUCGUCGCAGUCAUCUUCAUCGCUCGUCGCUAUUAUGUGACCAAGCAAGGCAAUCGUAUGAGUACUGGAUCGAUCUACCCGAAGAUUGCAUAUCUCUACGACCCUAAGACUAGCGGAGAUGGUGGCGACACGGAUGCUUUGAUGUCUGGUGCUACAGGCGGUCCGAAUGAUACUGUGCGGGGUGCAGCACGGGGUGUAUCGAUCCACACGCAGCGUCAUAGCACAGUCACGAUGCCAGUCACUCGCUUCACAAGUCCUGGCAACCCGUUCGUGAGGGCAGUCUGCGACCCAGCAAUUCACAGAUACUCUGAAUAUGCACGUGUCAAUACCGCACGGGCGCUUUCAUCUGCAGUAGCGGGCUAUGGUGGUACCCCCGAUCAUUCGUCCUUGUACACGAAGUACCCACCAGAUGUCACAGAUCCAUUUAAUGACUAUGUGAUCCCAUCACCGAUCUUCGCUCCUUUCUCACCGGAUGAUAUUCGAAGGCCAGAACUCAGGACACCGCGCAAUGUGGAAGGCGAAAGGGGGCAGUACUUGCAGAUGGCCGUUAACCCGUACGCAUACCUCAACACCCCAGCUUCGAUGUAUCCGCCAGUCUCACCUUACGAGCGCUCGUCGACUCAAGGUCCCUUGCUAGCCAACGAUGCUAGACGUCAGACCAUCGACAGCGACCCGUUUGCGGACCCAUUCGAGCACGACCUACUUCUUCAUGUCAACGAGCAGGAUCGUACAUCCGAUAGCGUGACAAUAUUCGCCCCGUCGCCGAAUCUUGUGACUCCACGGACUCCUCGAACCCCAGUAGGGCCAAAGUUACCAGUCAGACAACCCAAUAGCAUGACGUCGGCCAAGUCACUGUUGAGCCCAGUGGCGGCAAAGUACCUGCACGAAGCGCAGGAGGUCAAGAUACCACAGAAGAGUGUUGCUUCACCUGUACUUGUGCAAGUGGGCCGUUAUUCUGUGAUCAAGCCCUUCUCACCUCCACCAACUGCACCAGAGCCUCUGGGAUGGGACGACAUCAAACACGAUUCCGAGAAGCACUUCUCAGAUGAGCAAAGUAUACCUGCGCCUCUCAAGUUUGCAUCUCCUGUGAUUAGGAAGAAGCCUGUCCCUAAGUCGCACGCUCGCACGAAGCCCUCCCUCAUAGGAGCAGGGCAGAUCCUUCUAGCUGGCAACGGAUUGCCAUUGACUGUCAAAAUACCGCAUAGGUACAGCAAGAGCGUUGGACUGGACGUGCCGAGGGCGCACGUCAGACCAGAUCCAGCGCACGAAGAACUGUCGAGAGAUCCAAUCGUACGGGAGAAGAGGAGUAGAGAGUUGAGAUUUGCAGACCCUGCUUUGAUUGGAAAGGAGUUCUGA